AUGUCGUCUUCCAGCUCCGUCUGCUCUGCAUUGCGUGGUCGCUCCGUUGCUGUACCAUUGAUCGGGUGCCCGGAUUGCGGCGAGCAGGCGAGGUUCUACCGGUCUAGCACUGAUGAGCAUGGUGGAUGGAUCUUCUACAAGUGCGCCAACCACACUGUCACUUGUGAUUUCUGGCGCUGGGAGCUUGAAUAUGUGGAGCAUCUGGUUGAAACAAGGCGUCUGGUUGGUGAUGCUGCUGUAGAUGCAAUUGGUGCAGCUGAGGACAAGAGGGAAGAGCUUGAGAGGCAGAGGACUGAAUCAAUGGCAGGCAGAGGCACAGCUGGAAGGGGCAUGGCUGGAAGAGGCAUGGCUGGAAGAGGCACUAUAGGCAGAGCUAAUUAUGCCAGCUCCACCCAGGCCCCCUUUCUCAACACAACUGAACUCAAAAGCAAGCAUGUACUUGCACCUGCUGCAAACACCCACCCAGCAACUUGCACUCUACAUGCAGCUUUGGUCCACCACUACCACCACCAGAUCCCCUUCUUCUUCCUCAUCUUUCAUCUUCAAUUUCGUGCACCAUCGGAUCCCUUCUCUCCUCUGUCCAAUAGCACCAACAGAUCCCCUUCUCAUCUUCAUCCAGCAGUAACCAUGGUGUCCUGGGAUGAUCUUCCCAGUUCUUCUGAAGAUGACUCUGUGACCAGCAAGCCACCUGCCACAUUUUCCUGCGAGGAAUGGAGUGGCUUGGCUACAGAUCUGCCUAGCUUUAGAUGUGGGCAUGGAUCUUUGUGUGAGAAGCAUGUGGCAUUUGAAUCUGUUGAUAGUGACAGAAGGUUUCUAGCUUGUGCACAGAAGGAGGUACCUAAAUGCAGAUAUAUUGAGUGGGUUGACCCUGAGUGGCCUGAUGAUCUGAAGAUGGGCCUAGAUAGUAUAUGGACCAUGUAUGAAGAGGAGAAAAAACAAAGGCUCAGACAGAAUGUUGUGAGUGCUGUAGAAAACUUGAAGGUUCUUGAAGAGAAGAAGAUGGAGAAUGAGUUGAGGCAUUUCAAGCUUGAUUUUGCUAAGAUGGUGGCUGAGAAGGAGCAGGCAAUGAGCAAAUUAGGCAGCACACAACUUGCUCUGACUGAUCUAAAGGAAGAACUUGAGAAGAAGAAGAUGACAGACAAGUCAGUAACCAACAUUCAUCAGGUCUUCAGGGUUAAAGCAAGAGAGGGGACCAAGCAGUGCAGGAGAGGGACCAAGUGA